AUGUGCGAUUUACAAGAAGAAGAAGCAUUGCUUGUUGCAGUAUUGUUGGAUGAAGAAAGGCAGUUCAAUCAAAUUCGAAGAUUUUUAGCUACCGGUGAUUCAUACAAAACGAUUGGGCACAGCUUUCGGUUCGGAUUUUCAACCGUUGCAACUAUUGUGGAUGAAACAUCUGAAGCUAUAUGGAACCGGUUACAACCGAUUUAUAUGCCAGAGCCAACAGAAGAAAUAUGGGAAAAAUCAAUCCUAGGCUUCAAAAACGUAUGGCAGUUCCCCAAUUGUUUAGGAAGCAUAGAUGGCAAACACGUGACCAUCAGAUGUCACGAGAAGAGUGGAUCAAAUUACUUUUCCUAUUUAAAAAAAAUUUCCAUAGUUCUUAUGGCAAUUGUUGAACCAGAAUAUAAAUUUAUUUGUAUAGAUGUAGGUGGUUAUGGUAAAAAUAGUGACGGUGGUAUUUUGUAG